UUUUGAGGAAUUUUGAUUAGAUUUAUUUGGAUUAUGAAGCUUCUUUUAAUUAGAAUUAAUGUAUGCAAAUUAGCAGAUUCGGGGUUGUUUGUGUUCUUCUGCCCUUUAAAUCAUGUAUGUUUUGCUGCUUGUUCUUUUCCCCAAUGUUUUGAUGUCUCAGCUUUUGGUGGAUCUCAUGUAAUUUAGUUUGAGCGAUGAGAACAGCUUUUUGGGUGAUUGUAUUAGAAGUGCAAGAGCAUAGCUGUUUCCUGUUGGUAAGGUUGAUGCCGGAUCAGAAGGCGAAGGAAAGAUUUGUUUUUUGAUUCCAAGUUUGCACUCGCUUCUACAAGUGUAAUUAAGCUUCAUGGAUGAUCGUCUUGGAAAUAUAAAGAUCAUAGGAGAUCAUUUUAAAGCAUCCGAACCCAAUAUCGACUCUUCUCAGGACAUAGCUUCAUCUAUCUCGCGACCAAGAACUGAUAAUUAUCCAAGGUCUCGCUUGUGGAGUAGGAGAAAAUUAAGAAGUGCAGCAUACAUGUUGAAAUUGAACUUCUUUAGUCUCCGCGGACUGCCAUGGGGGUCUAGCACAGAUGGCGAAGAAAAGGUUGAGCUAACUGCUGUAGAACUAGAAUCACUUCGAUCGGAGCUUGCUGAUUUAGAACAGAAGGAAGCGCACUUGAAAGCUCAAUUGGAACACGUUGAUGAAGUUUUGCGAUCUGCUCGUCUCGCUGGCUAUUUGUACAUCCGAACUAGGUGGAAACCACUACCAGGAGAACCUCCCCCUCUUGAUGAUACUGACAUUGAUGACUGGCUUCCUCGCUUUGUUGUCUUGCAAGGGCCGUGCAUUUUCUUCUUCUUGUUUUCCACAGAUUUGAGUCCUCAAGACUCCACCCUAUUAGCUGAUAUUGUUGAAAUAGGCCCCUUGCCAAGCAUUACACGAGACGAUGAAGGAACUCGACAUGCAUUUCGUAUAUUAACUCGUCAAGGACUGCGAUUCGAGUGCUCAAGCGCUUCUAAGGAACAGGUGGACUCGUGGUUGUCAGCAUUACGAACGGACUGCAAAUUCGAGGGUUCAGAUGCCGCCACAGAUCCAAACAACUUGUGAAAAACAAAGUUAGACAGCUCAGGAGCAGUAAGUUGUAGAUAUGUAGAAAUUUAAAACCUAUACUUACAUUAGUUAAUCCGACUGUGACGUCAUAAAAUUCAUUCAUAUUUUGUGUACAUAAGAAUUAAUAAUAGAAUCUAAUUGAAGCAGCAAUGUCUAAAUUCUUCUUCCUCAA